UCCUCUAAGUAACGAAUGCUACGCUAUCCCGAGCUGAAGAGGCAAGUGGCAUUCUAAUAAUGAUUGUGUCACCACACAGGAUGUGCGGCAUACUCCGAGGAUUGAGCUUGUCAAAGACCGCAUAAAUGAAACGUGCACCCCAGCUUAAAGUCGAGGUGUGAAAACAUUUCGUCUAGCCAACUGCCAAAAUCGGAAAAUUGAUGGCCGUCGGUUUGUUUGAUCAACAGGUACAGUCACACCAAAGGAGCACUUGACAUUCUGGUCAGUUUCAAUCGCUUAGACGACCUAGCACCAACCACCCGACACGAUGUCUGCCCCAACAACCCCCUCGCGAGAGGAAGAGGUGAUGAAGACAGGUUAUGCAAGGUUCUUCGAAAGCCAGACAGUCUUCCUCACGGGCAGCACAGGCUCACUCGGAGGCUGUCUCCUAUACAAAUUGGCAUUGCAGCUCCCAACCCAUAAGAUCUUCGUCCUAAUCCGCACGUCUUCGCUAGUGGCCAUUGAAAAAUGGAAGAAAUUAAUGCCACAACAAGCACAGGCCAUCCUCAGUUCGGGAAAGGUGCACUUCGUGGUUGGUGAUAUGAGACAAUCGGACUUUGGUAUCAAAGAAGCGGAUCUCAAACAGCUGCAGCAAGAGGUCACGCUGGUCAUCCAUGCAGCGGCAAACAUCUCGUUUACUAUGGAUCUUAAAGACGCAGUUAAGCAGAAUUGUCUUCCGCCAUUGGAGCUGGGGAAGAUUGCUUCACGGUUUAGACGCCUCAAGCUGUUCAUCCAAAUCUCAACGGCAUAUGGGAAUAGUUUCCUCCCGGAUGGCUAUGUGGGAGAAAAAAGGUACUCGAUUGUUGAAGAUCCGGAACAAGAGUUGGCGCAAAUCAUGUCCUCUGGCACUUCGCCCAAUGAAGCACGCUUCUCGUCAACGUAUGCCCUCGCAAAGCACCUCACGGAGUGGCUAUUUCUGAAGAGAUAUCCGCUUCUACCUUUACUUCUCGUGCGACCAACGAUAUUUGGUGCUGCCUUGCGUGAUCCAUAUCCACUCUAUGGGCCUCCGAAUUCAACGCCCAUGCGGAAAUUUGCCGAGUUCUUGGUAGCAGAACCCGGAACUCAGAUCUGGCAUGCGACCAAUGGGUAUAAGAGCGGCAUGAACACUCUUGAUGAGAUUCCCGUGGAUUUUGUCGCCAACAGUUGUCUUAUGCACGCAGCAGCAAACACACAGGGGAUCGUCCAUAUCGGUUCGCAACUAUACCACCAAAUGACUUUCAAUGACUUCUUGGGCCUCGUGAAUAACAAUGCACCGCCGGGAUUCCCUCUGCCCACUAUUGUCUUCACAGAGGAUUAUAGCGUCCCGCAGCAUUUUCUGGCCGAAUUGGUAAAGGUUGCAAGUCGCAACUGGACCUUCGACUGUGGCCGAUCAUAUUGGUUGAAACAGAUAGGUGGUCCAUUGAGUCUGGCUUCAUGUAAACACGAGAUGGAGAGUCUGAAUGUGGCACGAGUAAAGGAAGUUUAUGAGAAGCAUAAACAAAGGGCAAAGCUCUAGGGGAAAUUUCCAAGUCUGGGUUUUGCCUAUGUUCAAUUAGCUGACUAUUGUACUUAUCUCGUGACUAUGUCAUAUCAUAGUGUAAUGUCCCACAUGAAAGUUUUGUAGCAUAACAAGAUUGUCUCAUGCGAAUGCGUCAUUCU